AUGCGUCUCGACUCAGCCCUCACUCUUCUUGCCCUUGGCUCCGGAGCCUUCUCCUUUAAGAUCCGAACCUUCACGGGCAAAGAUUGCACGGGAAGCGCCAAGGAGAUCAAUAUUUGGGAUAAUACCUGCCGCAGCACUGACAUCCCAACAUUUAAGUCCUUCCGAGUGUUGGCCUACGGCGCGCACCGCCAGAGAGCCGAAUUUCACAAGGCAUCUGACUCGUGGUGCACUUCUGGUACUCCAUUCCAGAGCUAUUGGGCCGAUGGCGGCAGUGACAAGUUCAAGAAGGACAAGUGCCUCACCUUAAGCACCUCUGCGCGGGUGAUGAACUCCCGUUCUGCCUAA